AACGCUGACAAAGAGACUGAUAGCAUAUAUCGUAGACGGCAUACGAGUUAUUCUCAUUUAAAAACAAAGAAUAAUAAAUUGCAGUUGUGAUCCAGUCAUGUGUUUUGAAAAGGUAUAGUUGAUGAAAGUUUCUUGAAUUUUUUUAGAUUACAACAGCCCUCACACUAAUCAAAUAAUGUCGUCUAACGUAUUAAAACCAAUUGAUAUCGAAAAUAAACAACCCAACGACAUUGAAGCAUUACAUCAAAUCAUACGUAGCUACAAGAAAAUGGUUGGAGAACGUGAUAGUCAAAUAAAAAAGCUGAUGGAUCUUAAUGAAAAAUUACAGUUGGAUUUUAAAAAGCUUAGUGAUCAUGUUAACAAUCUAGAAAAAGAAAUUGCUGAUGUUAAACAACAACUUAAGAAACAACAUGAAAUUGAUUCAAAUUCAUCACCUGAAUCCAAUAAAUGA